UCCGUGGAAAACCCGAUUGCGCCUGCGUAUCCAGACGUGGCAACGGCAUCAUGGCCUCUCGGAACCGCUACGGGAGUCGGAUGAGAGAGGCGACAAUGUUCCUGCUGGUGCUGCUGGUGUGGCUGCUGCAGGUGCUGGAAGCAGUGAAGGUGUCUCCUCUCAUAGAGAAGGUCAGCGACCACAAAGACUUCAAGAAGAUGCUCAGAACAAGAACUAAUGUUCUGGUUCUCUACACCAAGACAGCUACGUCAGGGGACUCUCAGCUGAAACUGCUAUCAGAUGUGGCCCAGGCAGUGAAGGGCCAAGGGACUAUUGCAUGGGUCAACUGUGGAGACUCAGAGGGUCGUAAGCUCUGUAAGAAGGUGAAGGUGGACCCAAGCUCCAAACAUGAAGCCGUGGAGCUGAUGCAUUACAAAGACGGGACGUUCCACACAGAGUACAAGAGACCUGCUAACUUUAAGUCCAUGGUAGCGUUCUUGAAAGACCCGUCAGGACCCCCGCUGUGGGAAGAGAACCCUGAGGCGAAAGACAUCGUCCACAUAGAGACUGAGAAAGACUUCAGGAAGCUGCUGAAGAAAGAGGAGAGGCCGAUCCUCAUGAUGUUCUACGCUCCCUGGUGCGGCGUAUGUAAGAGAAUGCAGCCCGUCUAUCAGCAAGCGGCCACAGAGACCAAAGGGAAAUAUAUCCUGGCGGGGAUGAACGUGCACCCAGCCGAGUUUGACGGCCUCAAGCAGGAGUACAACGUCAAAGGCUACCCGACCUUCUGCUACUUCGAGAAAGGGAAGUUCCUCCACAACUAUGAAAACUACGGAGCCACAGCCAAGGAUAUCGCAGACUGGAUGAGGAACCCUCUGCCCCCCCAGCCGAAGACCCCCGAGGUGCCGUGGUCGGAGACGGACUCUGCGGUCUUCCACCUGACCGAUGAGUCCUUCGACAGCUUCCUGGAGGAACACCCUGCAGCUCUGAUCAUGUUCUACGCUCCCUGGUGUGGACACUGCAAGAAGAUGAAGCCAGAGUACGAUGAAGCCGCUGAAAUCCUCAACAAGGGCGCCAACAGCCCGGGUGCGUUGGCAGCGUUGGAUGCCACCGUGCACAAGGCCGUAGCGGAUCGUUUCAAGCUCUCCGGCUUCCCAACUGUCAAGUAUUUUGUAAACGGUGAAGAGAAGUACACGAUGCCAAACCUCCGCAGCAAAGACAAGAUCAUCGAGUUCCUGCAAAAUCCUCAGGCUCCUCCUCCACCAGAGCAGUCCUGGGAAGAUAAACCCUCCCACGUCAGCCAUCUUGGAUCAGAGGACUUUCGUGAAGCGAUGAAGAAGAAAAAACAUGCUCUGGUCAUGUUCUACGCUCCAUGGUGUCCGCACUGUAAAAACGCUGUGCCACACUUCACCUCAGCAGCAGAGCUCUUCAAAGAGGACCGCAAGAUUAUGUACGCUGCUGUGGACUGUACUAAAGGACAGAGCCAUGAGCUGUGUAAGCAGGAAGGGGUGGAUGGCUACCCGACAUUUAACCACUACAACUACGGCAAGUUUGUGGAAAAAUACUCCGGAGAUCGAGGGGAGGCGGGGUUCAUCGGUUUCAUGCGCAGCCUGAGAGGACGCGAUCAGGAAAAAGUCGGCAAAAAGAAGGAGGAGCUCUGAGGUCGAGCGUGCAGGGAGGGAGGAGGGCGGGAGGGUGGGCGUGGCACUGCACAGUUUUGUCAUUGCACUGUGACCCUUGACCCCUUGACAAGGGCCCUAUCAGCACUGACGUGGGAGACUUGAUGACCUCAGUGAAAGGUUAUUUUUUAUACUGUGGUGAUCACGUUUGUAACAACACCAACCGAGAAUCAGACCGACCACUCAAGACCUUUUUUUUUUUCUUUGUUGGGGGGGAGGGGGGGAUUUUGACAGAUGUUUCUGAAUACACAUACAGGUUUUUUUCUUUUCUGCCCAAACACUGUGACAGCGUAUGUGAAAGCUACACCCUAUACCGUAUCUAUGCAAUACUGACUCCUUCCUGUGCAGCGGGGGUUUGGACUGAUGGCGGGUGGCGGUGGGCGGAUGGUGGGUAGCGGGCAUCAUUGGUUGGAGGUGGAGGCUUCGCUCACAUGACAUGGGGUCCUAAUCCUGGUGGAAGACACAUUUUGAUUCCUGACAUACACCUGUCUGUUCCAAUAUUUUUGUACAGAAGUCUCACGUCUAAAAGCCAGAACCAUCCAGAGUAUUGAUUGAACACCUUCACAGAUCACUUGAAACACUACAUAAGAAAACCCUGUCACUGGUUGAACUGGUACUAAUCGUACUGUAGCAGCUGAAGGAGGUGAAAUCAGGGCCAUGGUGGAUACUCUGCAUGGUUCUGGGCUCUUAAAGUGGGAUUUAGAUGGGACUUAAGUUUCUUUGUGUUUGCUGAAAACUGUGGCCUUAAAGUUAUAGAAAUGAAUAAUGCUGGAUUUGCAGAACUAUAAAAAAAGAAAUGCUGAAUGGAAUCAGAGGCCUGGUGCCCUUGGUAUUCUCUCCGGUCGUGCACCAGAGCACGUUUAAGAAGAAGAAGAAGAAGAAGAAGAACAAAACAUGCCAAAUAUUCCUGCCCUCAUUGUUUCCAUGCUUCACACAUUUCCAAAUAUUCACAACAUUCACAUCUACCGUGGCAUUUUUACCUCGUGUACCUCCUCUGUUGACUAAGAUUUCAUCAAUGUUUUAACAAGGUUAGGACUCAUUUAAAUUUAGAAGCAUGGCAGAGGCUCACGUUUGGUGGUGGCUGAAUAUUGCAUGCAGAUCAAUCUGAUGUCCGAGUUCUGAAUCUUUAUUUGCGUCCACUGAAGCAACCGUGGAUUACACACACUUACUCAUACUCUGUCACUGCAUCCACACGCCGUCGAGGGAGGCGUUGUAAUAAUUCAAAUAAUGUACAUCCUCUCUGUGAUCUUUACCUCUGGGUAUUCAGGGUUUUUGUUCAGUCCGUUUUAAAACCAUUUGUUGAGGCCACACCAAUGAGCCCACUCUGGACGGUUUCCUCUCUGCCUGCUGGGAAUGAUCAGCUUCAGUUAGCUUGAACGCUGCUCUCUCGUGUCUUUUAUCAAACACCCAGGGAUUCCUUCAUAACACAUCCAAGAAAUAAUGACGUUUUAAGUACGUGAAGUCGUCUCUAGCAGCAUGAUACCAUCGAUUCACGGUCAUCAUAUCACCGUUAUCUUUGUGGCCAUUACUUUCAUACUGUGUGUGUUUCAAAUCCAACGCUUCGGCCACUAUAAAUAUUUAAACCGCUGAUGUGUAGCUGAUCUUGUGUUUUAUUAUUCAAGACUUUGGUUUCUUUCAUUAUGAAUAAGGUUCUCAGGGAUAGCGAAACACAAUUAAAGGGAACUGGUUUGUUUGUAAUUUUUGCAUUCCAGCAGAAUCAUUUUGAGCCCUUCUUCGGUCACCAAAUUAAAUAUCGUUUACAUUUGUAUCCCAAUAAAAGAACGUAGAACUGUCCUUUUUAUCUGUGUGAGAUCAUGACAUCAUGUGUUGACUGAAUAAGACAUAUUGUCAGUCGGUGUUACUGAGCCGUUCCUCAUCAAACGUUAUCUUUGUGAUCUUAGUGGACUCAUUCCCAGUGAGUGUGUCAGAUGUUCUGGCUGGCAUCAAACACUUCCUGUGUUCAGAGCUCAGUCUGGUUAUUUUUUGUAUUCAUGGUAUGGAGGAGCACUUUGAGUGAGUGCUGUUCACAGUUAGACGUUGACAUAUUGCUGUAAUUAGGUGUUAAUUCUCCUCCUCCUCCUGGGGGAACAAUAACCUCUGUUUACUUCGUCCCUUUACUUUGGCCCUCACAGUGACAUCACGUUUGUUCAAUAAUAGAGAGGCCGCCUCUGUCUUUAUCCCAAAGGUUUCCAUGUUGUGUCGGAUAUAUAUCACACUUAUGCCAAGAAGUCAUUGUUGCCUUUGUUUGAUUUAUUUUUCUUCUCUGUGCCCAGCCAUACGUACAGUUUGCCCUUUUCAGUAAGGACCUUCGAGAUAAGAAUAAAAAUAAAGAUACAAGUUUUCAAAAA